AUGGAGUUCAGGAAGUGCUCCAUUGAAGGAAUUUCUUAUGGUGGUGAUGUAAAUGCAAUUGUUCGUGUUGCUUCUCACAUAAUGAAUAUUAAUAUCGAGAACUACCGUUUCAAUCUAGAUGGUGAGGAUUUCGAGCCUCGUGAUAGUAUUGAGAUGCAUGAAAUUUGUCCCGAUCAAGAUAACGAAGUAAAGAACAGUAUCUUUGAUGAUGCAAAAACUAUGAGAAAUCUUGGUUCAGGUGCUAUAAAAGGUUUUAAUUUUAGAGAUGAUAGAUUGAUGAAUAAAAUGUGGGUUCAUGGAUCGAAUGUCUGGGAUAUGAUGAUGUUCUUCAGAGUCAUGGCUUUAUGUCAUACAGGUAUACCAAUCGAAAAUGGAGAAGAAACAGGAAGCCAUAAACUCAAAUAUGAAGCAGAAUCUCCCGAAGAAGUGACCUUUCUGAUUGCAGCCCAAGAAUUUGGUUUCCAGUUUUGCAAAAGAACUUAG